AUGUCAGAAGAAGAAGAAGAAGAUAAGUUAGAUGUUAGUAUAGAGAAAUCAUCUGAUAUCGAUGUGAUGGACGAUGACUUCUUCUCGGGUGAUGAAGAUGAGACUCAGUUCAUAAGUAGUAAUAACACUAUUAAAAGUAGUAACGAACCACCCCAAACCAAUACAGAUAUAUUCACUGAAGUAGAUGAUAAGAUAGAGGUCAAUGACUUCUAUGAAAAACCAGAAAGUUUUGGUUCGCAAACCAUUGAACUGUCAAGUCAACAACCGCUCUACUCUCAAGUUACACAACAACAAUACGAACAACAACAAAGGAAAUACUUUCAAUAUCAAAGUUUAAUCAAUAGUAAAUCACAAUCAACUCAAAUGCCACCUAUCGUUCAUUCCGAUACUACUGUUACACAACCAUCACAAGCGUCACAGGUAUCACAACAGGUAUCACAACAAGUAUCGCAAUCGCAAUCACAAAUCCAAAGUCAAAGUCAAGAUAAUAACAAUAAUAGUAAUACAUUACUGAGUAGAUUCAUAGAGUUAAGUAGUAGUAGUACAGAGACAGUAAUUUCUACUCAGAACAGUGGUCAGAUAAGAGAUAUCAAUAGAAGUGCUAGUAAUUCACAAUCAGUCUUUACACAACAAUCGCAAUCACAAGUUGAACAACAGCAAAAACAAAAAGAAGAAGAAGAACAACAAAAAGAGCAACAAAAACAGCAACAACCAGAAGAAGAACAACAACAAAAAGAAGAAAAUAAAGAAAAGAAACUUAAAGAUGAUUUUGAAUUCGGUACAGGUGAUGAUGAUAGAGAUAAUAACGAGGAAGAGGAAUCAAAAUCAACCAAUAUAGAUACUUCUAGUCAACAACAACAACAACAACAACACAAAAAUACACAUGACAGGUCAUUCGACAAUAAGCAAAUACCAUUUAAAAUUCCGAUAGAACAACCAAAGUCAACCAAUUUAAAAAAAUGGAUUGUCGAUAAUCAAUCAGAUAUUAAAAUACACUCGAAUGUACCACAGGGUGUUAAUUUCGUUGUUUCGGAUGGAACUGAUUUUACACGUGCGAUCAUCUCACCGAAGCUGAUUCACGAUAUUAUGUUUGGAUUGCAGACAUUCGUACCUGAUCAUCUGAUAGGUGGUAUUCUAAAGCUGAAAAAGUUCAUUCUAUUCCCCAACGAAACAUUCUCAGAGUUUAAUAUCUAUAUCGAUGAUGCAGAGUAUAUCGGUCAUUUAGUAUCUGUUGAAAACUAUAAUAGCUUAAGACCCGCCAAUAAACAUAAUAAAAUAUUAUCAUUGCUUACAAGAGUUAAUCCAAGUUGUUUCUUUGCUACAUCAUAUCCAUCGAAUUACGUUUUAAAAUAUUUCAAAAGAAGUAAUACCAAUGCAGAUUCUCUACAACUUGACAUCGAUGAAUAUAUUAUAUCAGAUGAAACUGAACAGUAUUUAAAAGAAAAUGAUCCAUGGGUACCGGACAGAUAUAUUGGUGUACCAGAACAUGAUGACCAACACAUUGAUAAUGAAGAAGGAGAAGGAGAAGAACAUCUAGAGGAAGAGCAACAGGAAGAAGAGCGUCAAGAAGAAGAACAAGAGCAUGAACAUAGUGAAGAAGAACGUAAAGAAGAUCAGAUGGAUCAGGAAGAGGAUCAAGAGGAUCAGGAAGAUAGAAAUAAUGGAAUGGAUAUAGAUAGUGAUAAUGAUAAUAAUAAUAAUAAUAAUAGUGAAGAAGCAAUAAUACAGGAUCAGAAAUUAGAUGAAGAGAACAAAGAUCAGAAUGACCAAGAAAGAGAUGACGAUUUGACAGAGGAUGAAGCUGUACAACCGUCACAAGAAGCACAAGAUCAUAGUGAUUUUGAAUCGUUUGGUGAUUUCCCGACAGUGAGCGAUAAUGAAGAGGUUAGCGAAAUUCAAAAAGACAAGUCUGGAGAGUCAGAGCAAUCAGAUGGAGUUAAAGACUCUGAUGUAUCCGCUUCUGACGCUGACAAUGAAUCAGGUUCUGACUCUGACAAUGAAUCAAUAUCUGUCUCUGGUUCUAGUGAUAGUUCAGAGUCUGAAUCAGAGUCGUCAGAUGUAGAAUUAAAAUCUCGAUCAAAGUCUAAUCGAGAAUCAGAGUCGGAAUCAGAUUCCGAAUCUCAAUCAGGUUCACAAUCUAGUAGUAGUUCGAGCUCAAGCCAUGAAUCAAUCAAUUCCCAACAGGAAUCAGGUGGUGGAGGGGGAGAUUAUUAUGAAGUUGAAAAUGAUAAAGAAAAUGAAGAAGAGGAAGAGAAAGAAUCGAAAGUUUUAGCUCAAAAUACAGAUACUAGUUUUGUUGAAGAUAAACCAGCAAGUUUACAAUUAAAUCAAGAUAUAUUUGAUGAGAUCGAUGUUUUCAAUCAAAUCUCACAAACACCAGUCAAAUCUCAAUCAACUAAAACAUCAAUUAAAACACCGAUCAAUAGACAUACCAGACAAAGUCAAUCACCAGAAACUCCAGCUUCACUACUAAAGAAGAGAAUCAUAAAAGAAACAAACAUCAAUUUAGAUAGUACUGAUAACGACACACCAUGGAAGCGAUCAAAAUCCAACAAAGACUUUGAUGAGCCAGUACAACAACGUCAACGUCAACCACAACUACCACCUCCAGUGCCAGCAAAGAAAACUGCACCGAAAGGUUUUGCAAAUGCCAAAGAACGUUCAAACUAUUUCGAUUCACUUUCCAAAUAUGAUAAAGCUCUAUGUGCACAGCAUUGGACUCCAAAUAUGUUGGUAUCAAUGAUCGAAAUUGCUGGAGGAAGGAUCCCCCCAAGAGCCCUCAGCCUUGACUCGGCCACAAAGGAAGAGAUAUUACGCAUUAUACAAACUACCACUCCCACAACAGAACUGCCAUCAGCAGCAGAACCAACACCAACACCAACACCAACACCAACACCAACACCAACACCAACACCAACACCAACACCAACACCAACACCAACACCAACACCAACAACAGUAGCAAGAGUCCGCCAGAUUUUAGACAAAUUUCAACAAAGCACAUUUCACCUAAAGUAUAUCUGCGCCGAUGAUCGUAGAUAUUUUACAAAGGAUAAUAUUCCAAAGGCUUCUCCUACAUGA